AUGAAGAUGUUUAUCAAAUCCAUAGAUGAGAGAGCAUGGCGCGCCAUCAUAACUGGUUGGACACCUCCCAUGAUCAAAGGAGAAGACAAAGAGGAAGUAUUCAAACCAGAAGCAGAUUGGAGUGAUGGAGAAAUACUACUCGCAAACUACAACUCGAGGGCCCUAAACGCAAUAUUUAGUGGUGUUGAUGAUAAUCAAUUUAAACUAAUAGCGUCAUGUGAAUCUGCAAAGAGAGCUUGGGAAAUUCUUCAAGUCACAUACGAAGGAACGUCAACUGUAAGGACAUCCAAGUUACAGAUGUUGGCCACCAAAUUCGAAAAUUUGAAGAUGGAGGAGAAUGAGACGAUCACUGACUUCCAUGCUAAAUUAUGUGAUAUCUCCAAUGAAUCAUACGCACUCGGUGAACCAUACUCAGAAAGCAAAUUAGUGAGAAAAGCGAUGCGCUCAUUACCUGAAAGAUUCGCUUACCGAAUUGCUGCCAUUGAAGAAGUCAGAGACGUUGACACGCUCAAACUAGACGAACUCAUGGGGAAACUUCUAGCACAAGAACUCAAUCAUGGUGAAAAUCAUCGUGAAAAGUCUAGAGAAAAGAAGAUAGCCUUUCAAGCAGAAACAUCAUAUGCAACGCCCCAAAAUUCGUCAACUCAAGAAGAUGAGCAAACAGUUGAAGAAUCCUUGGCACUACUAUCGAAAAAUUUUGGGAAAUUUCUCAAAAAGAUCGAAAAAAGGGGAAAUCUUCCAAGCACAGGGAAACCCGUGAAUUUUCAAAAUUCUAGGAGAAAUUCAAAUCAAAAUAACUCAGAGGAGUCAAAACCAAGAAGAAUACAAUGUCGAGAAUGCGAAGGCUUUGGUCACAUUCAAUCAGAAUGCGCAAACACCCUGAAGAAAAAGAAGAAAAUGUCACUUACUACUGGUUGGAGCGAUGAAGAAGAAUCUGAUGAUGACCAAGGAAACAACAAUCAAGUCACUAACUUUGUAGCAUUCAGCAGCAAAGUUCCUCUGGACAGCUCAGAAUCAACUGUUGCAACAGACUGUGAAACAGAAUCCAGGUAUGAAAAUAUGUGUUCUGAUUAUGACAAAAAUCUAAACGAAAAUUCUUCUUUUGCAGAGGAUCCGAACAGCAGUAGUGAUGAGGAAGAACCAACCUUGGAUGAAGUAAAGGAGGUAUAUGAAAAAAUGUACCAAAAAUGGCUCGACGUCGUUAAGGUAAAUAACUUCCUGGAAAAGGAGAAGUUUGUGCUUGUAGAGGAAAACAAGACACUAAAGGUAAGAAUCUCUACUCUUGAGGAAAGGGUCAUAUCUAGUGAUCAAGAGAAAAAUAGUUUGCAGGCUAAACUUACUCAAACUCAAGAAGCAAUUGCAAAAUUGAACUUGGGUAGAGGUAAUCUAGAUGAAAUCUUAAGCAACAACAAGCCAAACUAUAAUCGUCUAGGCAUAGGAGGGAGUCAGCUACCCAAAGUUGAUCUAAAGCGAAAGGAAGAUCAAAACAGAAAAAUCAACUUUGUUAAACAAGCUUCUGUCUCACAAACAGUUGCAACUGUUGAAGCAACGAAACACAAUUCAAAGAAAAGGUUUAUUCCCACUUGUUUUUUCUGUCAAAAUCCAGGUCACAUACGUCCUAGAUGUUUCAAAUAUUUAAAACUUGUGAAAAAGCUUGUGGCUCGUUCUCUUUACUCUGCUAGGGCUGAUUAUUUUCCUUCACCCUCUCAAAAACCCAAAAAUAAAAUUGAUAUUUCCAAUAGACCUCAGCAAAAAAUUUGGGUUGAAAAGUCCACGUUUAAAUGCUUAUCUGCGAUUACUUCUUUAAAAGCAAGUACUACUAAUGAUUGGUAUUUUGACAGUGGGUGUUCACGACAUAUGACCGGUGUUAAAGAGUUUCUGAAAAACUAUCAACAAAUCACCGGUGGAGCUGUUACCUUUGGAAACGGAAAAAAGGGUGAAGUGCUAGGGAAAGGAUCGCUAAAUCAUGAGAAUCUGCCAAAGCUGAAGAAUGUACUACUUGUAGAAGGACUCACGUCAAAUCUGAUAAGCAUCAGCCAGCUAUGUGAUCAAGAUCUUGAAGUCAGAUUCAACAAAUUCGCAUGUCGAGUAUUAGACAAAGAUGAAAAUUGUGUUAUUCAAGGAACUCGAUCAUCUGACAACUGCUAUAUUCUUGUCUCUGCUGGACCACUGGAAGAGGAACCAACAAAGGAAUUGGAAAACAGCUCCAGUGUCGCACCAACAGUUCCAACAGUUGAUGCAGCCUCUACCAUUUCAGAAGAAAGAGACGUCAAUUCUGAAACAGGAGAAAUGGCCAGGGUCAUGAUGAUCUCGAAUUGGAUGAUCAAACUCACAAGGAAGGCCCGGUAG